GCAUCUGAGAAGAGAGGAAGGAGGGAUGUCAACUGAUUUUUAGCCCUAGCCCCCCCGGAUUAAUUACCCCAUUUUUAUUCUCUUGUUGGAUCAAUUACCCCUUCACCUCACCUCCUCUCCCUCCCCUCCUUAUGCGAACGAGAAGACAAGAGGAACGGGGAGGAUUUUGAUCUUAAUCUCCCGUCGUUGGAUUACUUACCACCUCCCUCUUUCUGUUCUCCCCUUCCACCGUGGCUUUACCCCCCCGGUGGAGCUCCAGAAGACGAGAAAACGUUCUGACUUCCUUUAAAAAAAAAAUUUUUUUUUUUAAUAAUUUUUUUUAAUAUAUUUUUUUUUACCCCCCUCUCUCGUCCUAUUCCCCCUGCCACUAUUUCGCGUGCGCGCGCGUGUAAAUCCCUUAUUUAAUUGUAUUAUUAUUUGUGCGUGUGCGGAGCCCCCCUCCCCCUUUCCCUCUCGCUGUCUGUCUCUCCCUCUCUCCCUCUCUCUCUCUCUCUCUCUCUCCCUGGCUGUCUCUUUCUUUCUUGUCGGAGGCUGUGGGAUAAUGGCGUGUGGGUUGUGGCUGUGAGGAUGAGUUCCUGCUUCGUGCCGAACGGGGCCAGCCUGGAGGAUUGCCAUUCCAACCUCUUCUGCCUGGCUGAUCUCACUGGGAUUAAAUGGAAGCGCUACGUGUGGCAGGGCCCAACGUCUGCCCCCAUUCUCUUCCCGGUCACGGAAGAGGAUCCCAUCCUGAGCAGCUUCAGCCGCUGCCUCAAGGCCGACGUGCUCAGCGUGUGGCGCCGGGACCAGCGGCCGGGGCGCAGGGAGCUCUGGAUCUUCUGGUGGGGGGACGACCCCAACUUCGCUGACCUGAUCCAUCAUGACCUCUCAGAAGAGGAAGAUGGUGUUUGGGAGAACGGGCUGUCCUAUGAGUGCCGCACUCUGCUGUUCAAGGCCGUUCACAACCUGCUGGAGAGGUGUCUGAUGAACAGGAACUUCGUGCGCAUCGGCAAGUGGUUCGUGAAGCCUUAUGAGAAGGAUGAGAAACCCAUAAACAAGAGUGAGCACUUGUCCUGCUCCUUCACCUUCUUCCUGCACGGGGACAGCAAUGUGUGCACGAGUGUGGAGAUCAGCCAGCACCAGCCCGUGUACCUGCUCAGUGAGGAGCACCUCACGCUGGCCCAGCAGUCCAACAGCCCCUUCCAAGUAAUCCUGAGCCCCUUUGGGUUGAAUGGCACACUCACAGGGCAGUCCUUCAAGCUUUCUGAUUCAUCCACAAAAAAGCUUAUUGGGGAAUGGAAACAAUUCUAUCCUGUCACAUCCAACUUGAAGGAGGGAUCUGAGGAAAAGCAGGAAGAAAUGGACUGGGAGGAUGAUUCUUUAGCUGCUGUUGAAGUCCUUGUUGCUGGGGUGAGGAUGGUGUACCCGGCGUGCUUCGUGCUGGUCCCUCAGACAGACAUCCCUGCCCCCAGCACUGUGGGGGCACCCCACUGCUCAACCACUUGCUUGGGUGUCCACCAAGUGCCUGCUGCCACCAGAGACCCUGCCAUGUCCUCGGUGACUCUGACCCCGCCGACGUCCCCGGAGGAGGUUCAGACAGUUGAUCCUCAAUCUGCCCAGAAAUGGGUGAAGUUCUCCUCGGUUUCAGACGGAUUUAUCUCUGACAGUACCAGCCACCAUGGUGGUAAAAUCCCCAGGAAGUUGGCCAACCAAGUGGUGGACAGAGUUUGGCAGGAGUGCAACAUGAACAGAGCACAGAACAAGAGGAAGUAUUCUGCUACAUCAAAUGGCUUGUGUGAGGAGGAGACAGCUGACAAGGUGGCAUCCUGGGAUUUUGUUGAAGCCACGCAGAGGACAAAUUGCAAUUGUUCAAGGCACAAAAAUCUCAAAGCGAGGAGUUCAGGUCAGCAGGGCCAGGCCCCACCCGCGGGCCCGCAGCCGCCGGCGGCCCCGAAGCACAAGGCCAACGAGAAGCAGGACAAAGGGGACAAGCCCCAGAAACGCCCCCUGACUCCCUUCCACCACCGCGUGUCCCUCAGCGAUGACGUCGCCAUGGAGGCAGACUCGGCCAGCCAGAGGCUGGUGAUGGCUGCCCCGGACAGCCAAGUGAGGUUCUCCACCAUCAGGAGCACCGAUGUAGCAAAGACCCCUCAGCUGCACAACCCCGACCUGGCCAGCUCCCCACAGCCCCCCCCGCUCAGCCCCCACCCCUGCGACGGCGUCGACGAGGGGGUGCCCAAAGCCCCCUCCACCCCCCAGAGCCAACACUUCUACCAGAUGCCAACCCCGGACCCCCUGGUGCCCAGCAAGGCCAUGGAGGACAGACUGGAUGGCUUGUCCCAGCCUUUCCCGGCUCCCUUCCCCGAGGUCAUAGAGCCCACCAUGUACGUCGGUACUGCCGUCAACCUGGAGGAGGACGAAGCUGAUGCCACUUGGAAGUAUUAUAAAGUUCCAAAGAAAAAGGACGUGGAAUUCUUGCCGCCCCAGCUUCCAAAUGAUAAGUUGAGAGAUGAUCCAGUAAUACCUGCUGGACAGGAAAAUGUAACAUCAGUUACAGAAUUAAUGGUGCAAUGUAGGAAACCUUUGAAGGUUUCAGAUGAACUGGUGCAACAGUAUCAGAGUAAAAACCAAUUCCUGGCAGCUGUAGCAACAGAGGCUGACCAGGAGCCCGAGAUUGAUCCUUAUGCCUUUGUGGAUGGUGAUGUGGAAUUCCUGUUUCCUGACAGUAAAAAGGAGAGGCAGAACAUUGAGAGGGAGGCUGGGAAGAAACAUAAGGCUGAGGAUGGAACAUCCAGUGUUACAGUUUUAUCCCAUGAAGGAGAGGAUGCAAUGUCUCUGUUUAGUCCUUCUGUCAAGCAAGAUGCCCAACGAAUCGCUGCCCACGCCCGCACGGCAUCGACCAGCCUGUUCCACGAGACAGACCUGGUGGUGUCCUACACAGACCUGGACAAUCUCUUCAACUCAGAUGAAGAUGAACUCACACCUGGAUCCAAACGGACAGUGAACGGUGCUGACGACAAAUCCAACUGCAAAGAGGCAAAAACAGGAAAUCUGGACCCACUGUCAUGCAUAAGCACUGCAGAUCUCCAUAAGAUGUAUCCAACUCCACCUUCAUUGGAACAGCACAUUAUGGGGUUUUCUCCCAUGAACAUGAACAAUAAGGAGUAUGGCAGCAUGGACACUACACUUGGAGGAACAGUACUUGAAGGGAACAGCUCCACUGUGGGAGCUCAGUUCAGGAUUGAAGUGGAUGAGGGUUUCUGCAGCCCCAAACCUGCUGAAAUAAAGGAUUAUUCUUAUGUCUAUAAACCUGAGAACUGUCAAGCUUUAGUGGGAUGUUCCAUGUUUGCACCCCUGAAGACUCUUCCCAGCCAGUGUCUCCCUCCCAUCAAACUGCCGGAGGAAUGCAUUUACCGCCAGAGCUGGGCUGUGGGAAAGCUGGAUCUGCUCCCUCCAGGCCCUGCCAUGCCAUUCAUCAAAGAUGGUGACGGGAGCACUCUGGACCAGGAGUAUGGCCCUGCCUACACCCCCCAGACCCAUACUCCGUUUGGGAUGCCCCCCAGCAGUGCCCCUCCCAGCAACAGCGGCGCCGGGAUCCUCCCUUCUCCCUCCACCCCUCGCUUCCCGACUCCCAGGACACCCAGGACUCCGCGGACGCCGCGCGGGGCCGGAGGGCCGGCGAGCGCCCAGGGCUCGGUGAAGUACGAGAACUCGGACCUGUACUCCCCGGCUUCCACCCCGUCCACCUGCAGGCCCCUGAACUCCGUGGAACCCGCCACCGUGCCUUCCAUCCCAGAGGCACACAGCCUGUACGUGAACCUCAUCCUCUCCGAGUCCGUCAUGAACCUCUUCAAGGACUGCAACUUCGACAGCUGCUGCAUCUGCGUCUGCAACAUGAACAUCAAAGGUGCUGAUGUUGGAGUUUACAUCCCCGACCCCACGCAGGAGGCCCAGUACAGGUGUACCUGUGGCUUCAGCGCUGUCAUGAACAGAAAAUUUGGCAACAGCUCUGGGCUGUUCCUGGAGGAUGAGUUGGACAUCCUGGGGCGGAACACAGAGUGCGGCAAAGAGGCGGAAAAACGCUUCGAGGCUCUCCGGGCCACGGCCAUCGAGCACGGCAGCGGGGGGCUGAAGGAGCCCGAGAAGCUCCCCGAUGAGUUGAUACUGUUGCUGCAGGAUCAAUGCACCAACUUGUUCUCCCCCUUCGGAGCAGCAGAUCAAGACUCCAUUCCCAAAGUCGGGGCCGUUCCCAGCGUGGUACGUGUGGAAGAAAGGGAUUGUUGCAAUGACUGCUACUUGGCCUUGGAACACGGACGGCAGUUCAUGGACAAUAUGUCAGGAGGGAAAGUUGAUGAAGCACUUGUGAAAACUACUUGCUUGCACCACUGGUCAAAAAGAAAUGUGGUGGAUGUGAGCAUGCAGUGUUCCCAGGACAUCCUGCGGAUGCUCCUCUCGCUCCAGCCCGUUCUCCAGGACGCCAUCCAGAAGAAGCGAACGGUCCGGUCCUGGGGGGUGCAGGGACCCCUCACGUGGCAGCAGUUCCACAAGAUGGCUGGGAGAGGCUCCUACGGAACUGAUGAGUCCCCGGAACCACUGCCAAUCCCAACGUUUUUGCUGGGGUACGAUUACGAUUUCCUGGUGCUGUCUCCGUUUGCUCUGCCCUACUGGGAGAGGCUGAUGCUGGAACCUUAUGGAUCCCAGAGGGACGUUGCCUAUGUCGUGGUGUGCCCGGAGAACGAGGCUCUGCUCAACGGAGCCAAAAGCUUCUUUCGGGAUCUCACUGCCAUAUACGAGUCCUGCAGGCUUGGGCAGCACAGGCCCAUCUGUAAGCUGCUGCCUGAUGGGAUCAUGAGGGUUGGCCCCACAGCCUCCAAGAAGCUCUCGGAGAAGCUGGUCACAGAGUGGUUCUCCCAGACAGCCAAUGCCAACAACGAAGCCUUUUCCAAACUCAAACUCUACGCUCAAGUUUGCAGAUAUGAGCUGGGUCCUUAUCUUGCUUCUCAGCCCUUGGACAACUCUUUACUCUCACAAACCAACCUAGUCCCUCCCUCCAGCCAGCCGGGCUCUGCUCUGCCCUCAGUGCCAGCCAGCGCUGGGAAUCCCAACCCUCCAGCGUCGGCUCCCGCGGCCCCCACCAGUAGCACCAUCACGGUGACAUCCAACAGUGCCAUGUCCUCUGCAGCCACCACGGCCAACUCCACGCUGACCACCACUGCCCCCUCCUCCUCCUCUGCCAGCCUGGGCGGUGGCAUUGCCACGAGCAAACCUUCCUCCUUCCCCCCCUUCAGCAGCCUGGGCAGCAGCACUCCCGCCGCCCUGCCCGCCCAGGCCGCGCCGGUGCAGAACGGGCAGGCGGGGGGGCAGCAGCAGCCGCCGACGCUGCAGCCAACAGCGAUGGCUGGGGACACGACUGCGGCUCCUGCACAGCCACACCCGGAGGUUUCGGAAAGCACUAUGGAUCGUGAUAAAGUCGGAGUCCCCACAGAUGGAGAUUCACAUGCUAUCACUUAUCCACCUGCAAUUGUAGUUUACAUCAUUGAUCCUUUCACAUAUGAAAAAAAGGAUGAGAACAGCAGCUCAUCCAGUUUGUGGACACUUGGACUUCUGCGCUGCUUCCUCGAGAUGGUUCAGGUUCUUCCUCCCAACAUCAAGAACAUCAUUUCUGUGCAGAUUGUCCCAUGUCAGUACCUGCUCCAGCCUGUGAAACACGAAGACCGGCAGAUUUACACCCAGCAUUUAAAAUCUUUGGCAUUCUCAGCUUUCACUCAGUGUCGGAGGCCUCUCCCAACGUCCACCAACGUGAAAACCUUGACUGGCUUUGGCCCAGGUUUAGCCAUGGAAACUGCCCUCAAGAGCCCUGAUAGACCUGAGUGUAUUCGGCUCUACACCCCUCCUUUCAUACUGGCCCCAGUAAAGGACAAGCAGACAGAACUGGGAGAAACCUUUGGAGAAGCUGGCCAGAAGUACAACGUGCUUUUUGUGGGCUACUGUUUGUCCCACGAUCAGAGAUGGCUCCUUGCAUCCUGCACAGACCUGUACGGGGAGCAGUUAGAAACCUGCAUCAUUAACAUUGAUGUACCCAACAGAGCCCGCAGGAAAAAGGGUUCUGCCCGCAGACUUGGCCUUCAGAAACUCUGGGAAUGGUGCCUGGGACUUGUGCAGAUGAGCUCUUUGCCAUGGAGAGUCGUAAUAGGCCGUUUAGGAAGAAUAGGACAUGGGGAAUUAAAAGACUGGAGCUGUUUGCUGAGCCGCCGGAACCUGCAGUCCCUGAGCAAGAGACUCAAAGACAUGUGCAGGAUGUGUGGGAUCUCUGCUGCAGACUCUCCCAGCAUCCUCAGUGCUUGCUUGGUGGCCAUGGAACCACAGGGAUCCUUCAUUAUCAUGCCAGAUUCGGUCUCGACGGGCUCCGUGUUCGGGCGCAGCACCACCCUGAACAUGCAGACGUCCCAGCUGAACACCCCCCAGGACACGUCCUGCACCCACAUCCUGGUGUUCCCCACGUCUGCCUCUGUGCAAGUGGCAUCCUCAACUUACACCACUGAGAACCUGGACCUGGCCUUCAACACAAACAAUGAUGGAGCAGAUGGAAUGGGAAUCUUUGACUUGUUAGACACUGGAGAUGAUCUUGAUCCCGAUAUUAUAAAUAUUCUUCCUGCAUCCCCUGGUGGAUCCCCUGUGCAUUCUCCAGGGUCCCACUACCCCCAUGGAGGUGAUAUGGGCAAGGGUCAAGGCACAGACCGAUUGCUGUCCACGGAAUCCCACGAUGAAGUCACCAAUAUUCUGCAGCAGCCACUGGCCCUCGGCUAUUUUGUGUCAACUGCCAAAGCAGGUCCAUUGCCUGACUGGUUUUGGUCAGCGUGUCCUCAAGCACAAAAUCAGUGUCCCUUGUUCCUUAAGGCCUCUUUGCACCUCCACGUGCCUUCAGUGCAAUCAGACGAGCUACUCCACAGUAAACACUCCCAUCCACUUGAUUCUAAUCAAACUUCUGAUGUGCUCAGGUUUGUUCUGGAACAGUACAAUGCACUCUCCUGGCUAACCUGUGAUCCUGCAACCCAGGACAGACGGUCAUGUCUCCCAAUUCAUUUUGUGGUGCUGAAUCAGUUGUAUAACUUUAUCAUGAAUAUGCUGUGAUCUUCAUCUGAAUUUUGCAAGACAAAAAUGAGGAAAAGGGAUAUUUCACUGCAGGACUAAGUUAUAAUUCUUCUCAGUGCAACUUGUUUGUGAUGGGGUAUGAAUCUUGUUACUUCCAGCAAAUAUUGUUUUGACUCGUGAGAGGGGCAGCCACCGCCCUGCUGUCUGUGAGUCACUGACUAUGGGGGACGCUUCAGAAUGAUGAUCAGAAAGUGUAUUAUAACAUUUUUAGUAGCAAAAUUAACCAUUUUUCCCCGGCCACAGUAUUUGUGAAGAGUAAUGAGCCAUAGUACCCAGUCAUGGUUAAUGAAUUUUAAAAGCAUGGAGAUGAGAAGAAAUGUGAGGAACAAUUAAGUUUCAACCUAUGGCUUCAGAACAUCAAGAUGUUCUUUUAUUGGAUAAUAGUACUUAGUAUUCAAAAAUGCCUGCAUCUCUUAUUUAUUGUAAGUUUUUAAAUGUAUAAAUUGUCUUAUAUUUCUUAACCUCUUUUAUAAAAAUUUUCCUAGAAGGUUUAUACUGCCUUCUUGCUUUAAAGCAAUUGGUCUAAAAUAUAUGUAAUCGUCUUAAUUAAAAGUUGCAGUAGGUUGCUUUUAGAGUAUUAUUUUUUUGUAAGGGGUGGGUGGGGACAGUAAAUUUGUAUUGUCUUGAUGUACAGUUUAAUGGGGAUAGAGGGGUUAAUGUCCAUACCAUUGUGUGUGGGGGAUUUACAGCUAAGCUGUAGUUGCAGAGUACAUGUACAGUAAUGAAGUUCACUGUGUUUAUAUAAAUUGAAAAGGUACCGGGUCUUACAGCAUUUUAUAUCACACCUUUCCAGAGUAACAAUGGCAAUAUAUAAGUGAUAUUGUAGGUGGUUUAACUUGUAGUGAGAAUAAAACGAAUAAACUCUUCAACUGAAGUUUGUGUUAUGGUUCAGGGCUGUGGCUAGAUUCUCAGAUCCACUUCCAGGAACACGAGUUUUAAUAUUCCAAGAAUAUCUGUUGUGCAUUGUUGUUCCCUGGAUAUUCUUGGCACUGCAUUGGUUGCUUCCACAUUUGCGAUAAACUGCGAAUCUGAGGCGGAACGCACGGGAAGCUCUGCCCUGAUCCAAAGUCUCCUGUAAAGGCUGAAAUUUAGCCCAGCUCUAGCCAUUGCACAAAUGCAAAAAUAGUCAAUCUUGACUUUAAGAUUGGUGUGUGUUUAACUAAAAUGUGGUGUAUAUAGAUUCUCAGUGAAUUCUGGUAUUCAGAUUUUAUUCCACUAGUAAAACAAACAGCACGAAACCCUGAACAUUUUCCUUUCCCAUGUACUUUUGGCACUGUGGGGAAGGUCCCAAGUAUCAGUGUCUGGCCUUCCCCGGAUCCCGUUUUCAGGCUCUGGCUGGGGCGUGUGCCAAGGAGGCUUUGCCCUCUCCAAGGAAGGGACUGACAAACCACAAGGCUUUCCUAAACGUCUCCCUCCAGCUACAGCCACCAUUUUUUCUCAGUAGUUUCCUUCCUUUUUCCUAGCACAUGCCAAAUGUCUGAUGCUGCUCUAAAAUAGCCCCUACGGGUGCUGAAGAGCAGCUGCAGAUACUUUUUCUGGGUUCCUUAUCUGACUGCCAGAUGAAAAACUGAACUCCUGCAGCGCUCACGGGAGCCUGUCACGAUAAUAACCCGUGUCCUGGGUCUUAAUACUGUCUGUCUCUGGUUUAAACCUGUAAAGGAGCAAGUUUUAAGAUCCAUUUGUGCACCUGCUGUUAAUCCUCCACAAGGAAGAAUUUUGCUUGCAUUUACCAAACUUCCCGUGCUCAUGAAAACUCUCGUUUCGUAAAUGCAAAAUCCCUGCCUGGGCUGCUUUUUCGUACCAACAGUCUCCCUGAAUCGUGUACAUACAAUACGAGCGACUUUUCGGGUUUUGUAUAAAGAAGUUGUACAAUUGGUGACGAAAAUUUUCGGUCGUUUCUUCAGGACAACACGAGUGCAAUCAGAAGUUUAGCCUAUUUUGAUAAAUAGAGUUCCAAACUGGGUCUGUCCAUGACUUUCUCUCGGUGACGCGCCGCAGAUUAAACGGCACAUUAUUGUCUUACACAAGGUUUUCUCUCAUUUGGCUGAGAUUUUUUGAAGUGGAAAAGUGCUCCUAAAACUGGAAUUUUCCAAGUGUAUGUCCUUUUUUUUUUUUUUUUUCUUUCGAGCUUUGUUGCUAAGUGGUCAUUUUUAACCCUGGCUCAGUUAACCAAGUUCCAAGGGCUGGGUUUUGGUGUGGCUUUGUUUGUGUUAAAGCUGACUUGUGUUCCUAAAGGUAAGUGAAUCAGCUUCCUGAACGUUGGUGUAACUGUAUUCUGUUACCUGGACCAGCCUUCCCUGUGAAACUCUCCUACUGUGAAAGCUGCCAGUUUCCCACUCCCCACCUCAAAUGCAAUUAAAGUAAAUGAUAAUAUUAUAACCACUAUGAAAGAUUAGAAGGGCCAUUUCUGGAGUGAUAGUCCCAGCCGGCACUGUACAUAUCAAACCUGCCAGCACCGUGGAGCCAACUACUAUACUGGGCAUAUUUUGUUGUUAGCUACUUUCAUUUUACUAUUUUAAGUGCACAUAAUAGCUGGUGUAUAAAUAAAAUUGUCACAAUCCAGUAACUCGGGUUGUUUAGCAAGUACAAGCUUAAACAGUUGAAAAUUUCAGCUACAGCUUUUCAGAGUGGUCUUGCAUGAAAAUGUUCCUGGCAGUGCUUUUAAGUAGCUGUGGAGGUUUAUCUCCUCCAGUGAAAAAAGAAGCUGAGGUCCUUCCAUUCCAAUUAAAAAGAUGUAUUUUUACCCAGAUAUGACUGUAUUUAAGCCUUUUAGUCACCUUUGACUCACUACUAUUUGAAUCAGGUUUCUGAAGACCCUGUUGCUCGACCAGCAAGGCCACCAGCUGUACUUGUAACAACCCAUUUAAAGUAGCUGUAACAUUUAGAUCUUUCUAACAUUCUCUAAAAUAAUUAAACAUGAAUGGAUUUAUAAUUAAAUCCUCAGCUAUGUUCUUACCUAGCUGUCAGUUAUUGUAUUUCUAUAUUUACCUCUGAUGGUAAUUUUAACUUCGUGUGUUGCUAUGAAGACUUGCCGAUGUCUUUAAUCAAGCACUAUUUGUUAAUACUGUAAUAUCAAAAUAUUACGUCGCAUUAUUUUAAAGCUUUCAAAAAUAAGAGUAAAACCUUUAAAAAAAAAAAAAGCUAUUGCACCAUAUAAUUUGCUGCACAACAGUAUGGCACCGCA